AUGAAGAAGGUUGCACAAAGAGCCACUGAAAAAAGCAAAAAGGCUUCUGGUAAGCCUUACCACCAGGAUUUGGCACACUCCGUAACAUUAGCAUAUAAGAGCUAUUUAAAGGGGCUUCAGCAGAACCAAAAGUUGAGACUAAUAGAUACAUUUUUGGCAUUCUUAGUCUGCAUCGGAAUUUUACAGUUCAUAUUCUGUGUCUUGGUCGGGACUUUUCCCUUCAAUGGCUUUUUAGGAGGCUUCAUAUCAGCUGUCGGUCAGUUUGUGCUUACCGUUUCGUUAAGAUUGCAAUGUCUGGAAUCUAACCAGUCAUCUUUUAAGGGGAUCUUGCCGGAAAGGGCCUUUGGUGAUUAUAUCUUUGCUAGUAUCAUACUACAUUUUGUGGUGAUUCACUUCAUCAAUUGA